CAGGUAUCUCGUCUAGUCUUUUGAGAUGGCUGAAGAUGGGAAGUUCCAUAUUGAAAAGUUUGAUGGUACAGAUUUUAGUUGGUGGAAGAUGCAAAUUGAUGAUUUGCUGGUUCAGAAAGAUUUGGACGUGGUAUUGGGUGACAACCCAGAAAAGAUGUCGGAUGCAAAUUGGGCAGGUUUGGAUCGGAAAGCUAUGUCCGUGAUCCGUCUCUUGUUGACCAAGAAUGUUGCCUACAACAUUCUGAAGGAGAAGACAGCGAAGGGAAUUCUGGAAGCGCUGUCUAACAUGUACGAGAAGCCAUUUGCACCGAAUAAAGUUUUUCUGAUCAGAGAGCUGGUGAACACAAGGAUGAAAGAAGGCACUUCGGUUACCGAGCAUAUCAAUAAGCUGAAUUCGAUCUUAGCCCGACUUUUGUCAGUGGGCAUUAAGUUCGAUGAUGAAGUUCAAGCUUUGCUACUGCUAUCGUCUUUACCUGAUAGUUGGUUCGGAACGGUUACAGCGGUUACCGGUUCAGUGGGACCCGAUGGAUUCACCUUUGAUCAGAUUCAAGAUCUCGUUCUUGGCGAGGAUGUCAGAAGAAAGAGUUUGGGGGAGUCAUCUGGUGAAUUGCUUCAUGUUGGUAGAGGUAGAAGAAAUAGUAGAGGUAGUGUUAGCAGGAACAGACAAAGGAGUCAGUCGAAGACUUGUGACAGCUCAGGUGUAACGUGCUGGAAGUGCAAGGAGGUGGGGCAUUUUAGGAAUCAAUGCCCGAAUGAUAAGAAACUGAACAUUGCUGAAGGCUCCGCGAGUGAUGAGGAGGUCACUCUGACUUGCUGUGAGGAAAGCAAUGUUGAUUUCUGGGUCAUGGAUUCUGGUGCUUCGUUUCAUGCUACCCACAACGGUGAAGCAUUGCAGAAUCUAGUUGUUGGGGACUUUAGAAAGGUACGACUAGCAGACGACAUAGCUCUUGAGGUGACGGGCAUGGGUGACAUGGUGUUGAAGACCCUAGUUGGUUUCUGGACUUUGAAGGAUGUCGGAGUGGUUACAGGCUUGAAGAAAAGUUUGAUUUCUGUCAGGCAGUUGGAUGAACAGGGACACGAGGUGAAGUUCAGAGAUGGGCAGUGGAAGGUCAUAAAGGGAAAUCUUGUCAUGGCACGUGGAAGGAAGAUUGGUUCAUUGUAUAUGGUCGAGUUACCAUCUGAGAGAGUGACCGUCCCAGUUCAGAAAAGAAACAAAGUCCGGUUCACAGAGUCUCGUGGGCAGAAUAAGGUUGUUUGUGCAAGAGAGAAACCUAGAGCCACAUGUCAGACACAGAAUAAGGUUGUUUGUGUGUAGAUAGUCUUUUCAAAACGCUAACGCUAAUCAAUAACAUUAUUCCCAAACAUACCUUAUAUGAACAUAAUAUAAUAAGAACUUAAAA